GUGGUCUCGUCGCUCUCCUCUCACAAGGAAAGGGUGAGAGAGAACGAAAGUGCGAAAGAAUAUCUCCGAGCUCAAAAUUAGGGUUUCGUCUUCUCCGUCUCGCUCCUCCGAUCUUGGCGCUCUCCCUCAAUCGCUAGGGUUUCUUCGAUCUCCCUCGCCUCCUCCUUCGAGCCCGGCGAUCUCCCUUCGGAUCGCUAGCGUUUCUUCGUCGUCUUCGAGCUCCUCCGAUCUCGGCGUGCGAUCUCCCUUGAUCGAAUUCGCCUCAGCUGGACGAAUGAAGGUUGUGGAUUCCUGAUCUCUUAUGAAGAAAUUAGGAGUGUUAAACCAUACUGCUUGUAACCAAGAAGUGAAGCUUCAGAUUGUAAGAGGAAGGAGAGCUUUUAGGCUAUCUUCUUUCGGAGCGGAUGGCCAUGGAUGAAGAUUGUGCAACUGUAGAUGAGUUAUAUAACGAGCGAAUGAGAUCAUGGUAUUUCAGCAGACAAGAGAUUGAGAACAACUCUCCUUCAAGAAAAGACGGCAUUGAUCGAAGGAAGGAAUCAGAGCUUCGGAUGCUGUACUGUUCAUUUAUUGGGGAUGUUGGCAGGAGACUUAAAUUACCUCAGAUUUCGAUUGCAACGGCAAUAAUGUUUUGUCAUCGCUUCUAUCUCCAUCAGUCUCACGCAAAAAAUGAGUGGCAGACCAUUGCAACAGUAUGCAUAUUUCUUGCGGCCAAGGUUGAAGACACCCCCUGUGCAUUGGACUCUGUUGUGAGGGUGGCCUAUGAAACUAUGUAUAGACGAGAUUCUACUGCUGCUCGAAGAAUUUCUCAAAAGGAUGUUUUUGAGAAGCAGAAGGCCUUGAUCUUGAUCGGGGAGAGAUUACUACUAUCCACUGUACGGUUCGAUUUCAACGUGCAGCAUCCAUACAAGCCGCUUCUUGAUGCUUUAAAUAAACUCAGGAUUACUCGCAAGGAUGUUCGACAAGUAGCGUGGAAUUUUGUGAAUGAUUGGCUCCGGAGUACACUGUGCCUGCAAUAUAAGCCCCAUUAUAUAGCGGCAGGGUCACUCUUCCUUGCUGCUAAGUUUCAUAAUGUCAAACUCCCUUCAGGAAGGGGGUAUGCAUGGUGGAAUGAGUUUGAUGUCAACCCUCGGCAGCUAGAAGCUGCAAUCCGGGAAAUGAUGGAGCUAUAUGCUUCCAAGCAAAGAUCAGUGGCUACCCCGCAUCUUGAGAAGCCAAUUGUGGAAGCUCCGGCGGUGGAAAAGCAGCAGAUUUCUAGCAGCCCCGAUUCGGUUCUCAGUGCACCAGGCUUCUCCACCAGCAGUCCUAGCCACGAUUUAAACGGAGAAGAGGGUGGUUCACAAAGAGAUUUUGAAUGCUCGACAAGUAAUGCUGAGGUGGAAAAAGGGCUCAAUCAAGUCGACGUUUGCAGAAUUAAGGAGCUGAUGAAGAAGAGGAAAAGGCAGAGAGAAGUUUAUGGGAAAGCCGUUACUUCUGUCGACUGUAAUGAAGAAGAAGAUGCGUGGAUAGAGAGAGAAAUUGAAGGCGGCAUUAUUCUUGGAGCUGAAUCUCCUAGGAAGAAGCGAAAGCAGCUAUGAAAGAGAGAACAACUCAAAUCCAUACUGUAGCUAUAGAACAGAGCAUUGGAAUCUAUACGAGUUUUCUUUUUUCUUCCUUCCACUCUAAUUUAGGCGUGUAAUGUCAUAAAGGAGGCCACGGCAAUUUUCUUGGCACAUAGCUAUUUAGGUUCAUAUUCUUUCCCACCAAACUGAUAAUUUGUAAAAUAUUUGUCGUAAGUGGUGCAUUUAAUCUCAGGAAUUUACAUCAUUGUAACAUUUUGGGCCAUUUCAAUGAAAUUAUUAAGCCCUCUGCUCCUUCUAUUUCCA